GUGGGGGUGGGGGAUUGUUUCGGCGGCCAUGCGCUGCCGUUUCGUGGUGAUUGAGAAGUGGAAGGUGAUGCCUUGCGUGGUGGUGGGUCGCGGGUUGUCGGCGCGGGGGGUGAAAUUGGGAUAGGGUUGCCGUUGGGAUUUGGGAUUUUAUCGGCGGAGGAGAUGACUCGGGAGGAGAGGAGCUCGAGUGCUAGGAAGAAGGAGAAGUUGGAGGUUCAUUUCGAUUCGGACGACAAUGAACCCAUCGGGUCACUUCUGAAGUUGAAGAAGUCGCGAAAGAGCAAGAGGGUUAAGUUGGGGUUGGAUGAUCUCGGGGAAGAAGGUAGAAAACGUGGGGCUAGUGAAGAGAAACCGCUGCUGGUGGAGGAUUUGGGGGGCAUGGACGAUACAUUGGCGAGCUUUAAGAGGAAAUUAAAAGGUCCAAAGAGAGAGCGCAGGAGCUCGGUGUUAAGCAGCGUUUCUUCAGAUGCGGUGGAGCUGUUGGAACAUUCUGCUAAAGAAAACAUGGAUGAUAGGAUUGCGGACUCAAUUUCAAUGGAAUUGGUUGUGGAAAAGGGUCAAGAGGCUGGUGGCGAUGGAUCUCAUAAAAGGGCUGGAAAAGAAAGUAAGGGAAGAGCAAAGAGGCCGAAAUUCGAUCCAACCGUGAAAUUGGUUGAGGACCAAAAUAAGUCCUACGGUGAUGAUUCGAAAGAUUUGGAACCUCGGCAUGAUUCACUAGAAGAAGACAAUCAUCAAGAUGUUCCAGGAAAAGGUCCUGGUGAUUUAGCGGAUGGCCUGUUGGAAGACUCAAUAUCAUCAUUUUUCAGGGGGGCACAAUCUGGUGAUCUUGGUUUUAAACAGAAAAUGGGGGGACAUACUACAGAUCAUGGGUGCAGUCACCAGUCUGAUGGUGUUCCCGGAGAUUUUCAUGCUGCUGCAGAAGUUAAAGAACAUCAUACUGCUCACCUCUCAAUGGAACUUCUAUCCAAGAACCUGAAAUGCACAGAUAGAACAUGUCUGAAUGCUGGUUCAGCUUCGGAUGAAUGUGACGUUGUAGACAAUGAGCCCUUUAGUAAAAAUAUGAAUCACGCAUCUAGCUGCAUAGAAGAAGGAAAUAACUCAGCUGUCAGUUUCUUUUCAGCUGAAGUUGGACCUUCCUCUGAUGCUUGUGGGAUGAGCAAACUGGGCGAGGAGGCCGGUGCAUGCUUGACGAGUGCUCAAGUCGAUGACGUCAGUUCAGCUCCUGUGGAAAAGGCUGUGUUGGAAAUGGAAACCAUCAAGCAUGGGCUAAAGCACUGUUCUAUGGCGAAGACAUGCACUUCGGUGGUGGAUAUCAAUGGGUCAUGGAAAACUCUGUCUGUCACAGAAACAAAGGAAGAGACUUAUGGAAUGGGUCGGGUUGAAUCCACUAAAGGAUUUACUGAUGUAUCGUGUGGAGACCAAGCGGGCAUUUCCAUUUCGAGGCUUGGAGAAGAAAUUGUGGAGCUUUCAGUCAAUGACAGAGUAUCAAAUGUCUUAUUUCCAAAUACAUCAAAGGAUGAUCAACAAUGUAACCACGGAUAUGUUUCAAAGUUGAUAUCUUGCGAGCCACCUGAGAGCCGUAUAGGGAUUGAAGAAGCCGCUGUGUCAAAAAUCAGUUCGGAUGUUAGUCAGUCUACGUCCGAUCAUACUCAGCCUCACUCAUCAUCUCGUGACACCUCUAAAGGAACUCCCUUUCCUAGUCGGGACUAUACUUCAACUGAAGGAUUGACUACGAGGGCAUCCCUUAUCCCUAGUUUUCAGGACGAGAAGGACAAUGAUCCUGAAGAUAAUCGUGAUUCAAGCAGCAAAGACACUAAGCUCUCAGCUAUGCAGCGUUUACUACGCAAGGUCAGAAAGCAUAGGCAUGGAGACAUGGCUUAUGAGGGAGAUGCUGAAUGGGAGACUCUAAUGGAUGGGCAAGGUUUUCUUGAAAACCAUCGGGUUGGGGGUAUUGUCCGUUCAUAUAGAAGCAGAGGGAAGCCUGAUUUGUCUUCAAAUGGUGGUGCUGUAGCAGUGUCAGUAGGACUAAGAGCUCGAGCAGCUGGUCCAUUCGAGAAGAUUCAAUUCAAGGAGUUCUUGAAACGAAAAGGCAGCCUUCAUGAGUAUCUAGAUUGCAGGAAUUGGAUCUUAAGUCUUUGGAGCAAAGAUGCUAGCAAUAUAUUGUCUCUUGCGGACUGCGGAGUUGCAGAAUCUCCCUCAGACAAUGAACCAGCUCGAGCUUCAUUAAUUAGAGAAAUAUAUGUUUUUCUCGAUCAGAAUGGUUAUAUCAAUACUGGAGUUUCAACAGCUAAGCAGAGAGCCACAUCAAAUGCGGGUCAAAAUGAUGAGGUUAUGGGUGAAAAGGAUUUUGAAAAGAUUGGUGGGGUGUCCAUUGCUCCAGAUGAGCAGAGAGCCAAAUUAAGUGUUGAACCAGAUGAUGAGAUUUCAGGUGAAAAAAAUCUUGAGAAGAUCAGUGGGGUGUCUUUUGCUGAAACGGUGGGCAAGUUUUCUGCUGCACUUGGUCAGUUCAAGAGCUCUGAAACAUGUAUGGAGGCAAAUGGCAGUGUAGUAAUGAUUAGUGAAGAAAGUUCCAAAUCAGAAAUCUUGGAGUGCCAGAGCCUUCAUUCAAAGAUGUUGCAGUCACCCUGUGACACAAAAGCUAAUUGCCUGGACAACCGUCACUCUGGAAACGAUUUGACUGAUACAGAUUUUCCAAAGAAGUCAGAUAUAGAUGUUUUACCUGCUGAUCAGUCCUCCAAAGCUAUGGAAUUCUGUUUGGAACCUGCUAUGGCUUCAGAAUCAGUGGAGUGUCCUGAUUCUGUUAAAUGCAUCUCAAAUGUUCAGGCAGGGCAUUUGAAAUGCAGCUUGGAUGCUGGAAAGAAGAUAAUAGUUAUAGGAGCAGGUCCUGCCGGCUUAACAGCUGCUCGACAUUUGCACCGCCAGGGUUUUUCAGUGACUGUGCUUGAGGCUAGGAGUCGGUUAGGUGGUCGAGUUCACACUGACCGUUCGUCUCUUUCUGUUCCCGUUGAUCUUGGGGCAAGCAUCAUUACUGGCGUUGAAGCUGAUAUGGACACUGAAAGAAGACCAGAUCCUUCUUCAUUGAUCUGUUCGCAGUUGGGCCUCAAAUUGACUGUGUUAAACAGUGAUUGCCCUCUCUAUGAUAUUGUAACGGGUCAGAAGGUUCCUACUGAUCUUGAUGAAACCUUGGAAGCUGAAUACAACAGCCUUCUAGAUGAUAUGGUAUUGGUCGUCGCACAAAAUGGGGAACGUGCCAUGCAAAUGUCACUUGAGGAUGGUUUAGAAUAUGCACUUAGGAGGCGCCGAAUGGCACAAGUAGGAACAGAUAUUGGAGAAAGUGAACUGCAGAACUCUUCACUUAUCAAUUUAAAAACUAGGACUAACAGUGGAGUUCCUGAUGAUAGUUUUCUAAAGGAGGACAUAUUGAGUCCCCUUGAAAGAAGGGUGAUGAAUUGGCAUUUUGCCCAUUUGGAGUAUGGUUGCGCUGCAUUGCUGAAGGAAGUUUCCCUUCCGCAUUGGAAUCAAGAUGACAUAUAUGGAGGAUUUGGGGGAGCUCACUGUAUGAUAAAAGGGGGUUAUAGUACUGUCAUUGAGUCUCUUGCAAAGGACCUCAAUAUACAUCUAAAUCAUAUAGUAACAGACAUUUCCUAUAGUACCAACGAGAGUGGCUCAAUUGAUGGAGACUCUUACAGAGUUAAGGUUUCCACUUCAAAUGGCAAUGAGUUUUUAGGAGAUGCUGUUCUGGUGACGGUACCCCUUGGGUGCUUAAAAGCUGAGACCAUUAAGUUUCAUCCUCCAUUACCUCAAUGGAAACAGCUUUCCAUUAAGCAACUUGGUUUUGGAGUCCUCAAUAAAAUAGUUUUAGAAUUCACGGAAGUAUUUUGGGAUGACACUGUGGAUUAUUUUGGAGCAACUGCAGAGGAAACAAAUUGCAGAGGGCAGUGCUUCAUGUUCUGGAAUGUCAAGAAAACUGUUGGAGCUCCUGUUCUUAUAGCCCUAUUGGUUGGGAAGGCUGCACUCGAUGGUCAAUGUAUGACCUCACCUGACCAUGUAGGUCAUGCUGUUAUGGUUCUUCGUAAACUGUUUGGAGAGGCAUCUGUUCCUGAUCCAGUUGCAUCUGUUGUCACUGACUGGGGUAGGGAUCCUUUUAGUUAUGGUGCUUACUCCUAUGUUGCGAUCGGAGCAUCCGGAGCAGAUUAUGACAUUCUGGGCAAACCUGUCGAUAACUGUUUAUUUUUUGGUGGUGAAGCCACCUGUAAGGAGCAUCCUGAUACUGUUGGUGGUGCAAUGAUGAGUGGACUUAGGGAGGCUGUUCGAAUCAUGGACAUAUUGAGUACUGGAAAUGAUAACAAGGCAGAAGUGGAGGCCACGGAAGCUGCACAAAGGCAAUCUGACCAUGAAAGAGAUGAAGUCAGGGACAUAAUCAAGAGGCUUGAGGCAGUUGAAAUCUCGAAUUACCGUUACAAGAACUCCUUGGAAGGUGACUAUAUCCUUUCCAGGGAAGGUUUGCUGCAGGAGUUGUUUUUCAACACUAAAGCCACUGCUGGAAGACUGCAUGUGGCAAAGGCACUUCUACGCCUUCCCGUUGAAGCCUUGAAGUCAUUUGCUGGCACCAAAGAAGGGCUUAGCACACUUAACUCAUGGAUACUGGACUCAAUGGGAAAGGAUGGGACCCAACUCCUGCGUCACUGUGUUCGCCUUCUGGUUCUUGUGUCCACUGAUCUUCUUGCAGUGCGUCUGUCAGGUAUUGGAAAAACUGUGAAGGAGAAAGUCUGCGUGCAUACGAGCCGUGAUAUACGAGCUAUAGCGAGUCAACUGGUUCAUGUAUGGCUUGAAGUCUUUCGCAAGGAAAAAGCUUCUUUGAAGAGUAAAUCUGUUAGAGAUCCUUCUGCCGGGAGGCUACCUGUGCGGACCCAACUCGGUGGUUAUGAUGCUAAAGGAAACACACAUGCGUCGCCUUCUAUUACAAACGUUAAAAAAGUGAAAAGUAAAUCAGCCAAGUUAGAAAACGACUCAAGAUCGGAAAGCAAUUCGUCAAGGUCACGAGGGUCAGUGGAGAGACGUGAUAGAAUUAUGGUUGGGAAUGAAAAGAUGGUCAUGUCUGAGGAAGAAAAGGCUACUUUAGCUGCUGCAGAAGCAGCCAGUGCCGCAGCACUGGCAGCUGCCGAGGCAUAUGCAUCUUCAGAAGCGAAGUGGAGGACAAUGUUGCAGCUCCCCAAGAUACCCUCAUUUAACAGAUUUGCUCGAAGGGAGCAAUAUGCUCAGAUGGAUGAAUCCGAACUUCAGAGAAAGUGGCCUGGUGGUGUUUUAGGGCGACAAGAUUGCAUAUCUGAAAUAGACUCUAGGAAUUGCAGAGUUAGGGAUUGGUCUGUUGAUUUCCCUCCUUUUAUUAACCUUGAAAGUUCAAGAAUGUCAGCAGAAAACCUAUCGCAUCAGAGCCAUUCAAAUGAUAUUGCGAACAAUUUGAACUUCAGAGAAAACUCUGGAGAAAGUGUGGCAGUAGAUAGUAGCAUAUAUACACAGGCGUGGGUAAAUGCGUCUGGAAGUGUGGAGGGAAAAGAUUAUCAUGCCAUUGAAAGAUGGCAAUCUCAAGCAGCUGCUGCGGAGUCUGAUGCCUUCCUACCAAAUAUGCAUGUAAAGGAUGAGGAGGACUCAAAUUCUCUCCCGAGACCACCGGCCCGUAAGCGGGAUGGGCUUGCUAAUGAGAGCUCUCUAUCGCAGAUUACUGUAAACAAAGAUUCGAAUCAGAAUCAGCAUCGAGGAGCAGAUCGAAUUAAACAGGCAGUGGUAGAUUAUGUUGGGACUUUGCUCAUGCCCCUUUAUAAAGCCAGAAAAAUUGAUAGGGAGGGAUACAAGUCUAUAAUGAAGAAAACAGCGACAAAGGUCAUGGAGCAAGCUACAGAUAAAGAGAAAGCAAUGUUAGUAGCAGAGUUUCUUGAUUUUAAGCGUCGGAAUAAGAUCCGUGCUUUUGUGGACAAAUUGAUUGAGAAGCAUAUGGCGGCUAAACCAGUUAUGAAACCAUGAUAGGCUAUAGGACUUUCUGGUCCUUCAUUGUUUAUGCCUGUCUUCCUGGAAUAUUGACUCAUACUGGUUGACUUCCUUUGAUGAUGGUGGUCAAUGAUAGAGGCAUUGAAAGGAUUGCUUGCUCUAAAUUCUCAAGAAGGUCCAAGUUUGCUGGUCGUGGAGGAUCUGCCAUAGAGUGGUGAAUAUUGUUCAACUUAUUUUGGCUCAGACAUGUGGUGCUUUGAUGAAAUUGGUGGCUUCUUGCAAAUGUCCUCGGUCACCAAAGCAAGUUAUCUUGUGAUGCAACAUUUUAGACUGACUUCGAUUGGCUGGGAAAAUUCUGAUGUGAUCGGUUUAGCUUUAUGCAGCUUGUACUUCCAAGGUGGAUAUGAGGAACCCAUUUUUUUCAAGGGAUACACCUAGAUUAGAGACUUUUUGUUAGAUGUUUUUUAUUUUAUUUGAUAACAUAUGUACAUUGUAGGAUAUUAUCAGCAAUUGACCCUAUAGAAGAAUCACAUUCUGUGCGCAAAGCGCUGAAUGUUUUUAUAUGCAAGUUGAAUCAAUUACCAUUUCAACAUAUUCAAGUGUUUACACACACUGCUGUGUUCCAUUGGACAUCAUUUUUCUUUUUAUUUAUUUUAUUUUUCUUGGCUUCCUUGUUUCCAAAGUUGAACAAAAAAACAUGGACCAAAGUCCUAUAUUCGGAGUUUCAAUGGUUCCCAAGAAGCAUUGGUAGCUGUUCAAGUACUGUUGGCAGAGGCAUCUGGAAAGAUUGGACGUUCACAUAUCUGAAAUUUGGGAUUAGCAUCUUUAUCUAGAGUUUUGCUAUUGUCUCCUCUGGAUUGUGUGCAGGUAAACCUGUUUCAUCCGCAUCAUUGUAGUGGUUAGCUACCAACCAGCACAGAUGUUGCUUGAGAAUUAAGUUUUGAUGUUGCAAUAUGCAAUAGAGGCUUUGCAAAGCAUCCAAGCAAGUGGUAUCUAUUUGGAAAGAAACCAUGGAUUCACAUCAUGAAGCCAGCCUUUCUGUGAAUAUGUUUUUGGUGCACAAUACUCAUUGUUGUUCACUACCUUUUGCCAGGUUUUAUGGACGAGCCUGUUGCUUCUGUCCCUGCAAGGUAUGAUUUUGGGCUCCUUCAAUGUUGACCUGUUGAUUCUAUGUAUGUCUGUGUUCAUAUGCUCAAUGUGACUGUAUAUAUUGACGAAUUAUCCUGCUCAGCCAUACUAUUCAUGAACUGCUAUCCUCUUCUAUUCUGUUGAAAUUUGUCCUCUUAUUGGUAGUACAGUAUCUUGCUUGUGUGGAUCAUGCAUGUAUCUGAACAAUUUUAUAUGUCCUGCAGUUUUUAUGUGCCGAGAUCAAUCAAGAAUACUUUGGUACGAAUUACUUGUCCAAGCGAAAAAGGUAAGACUGGACAAGAGUCGAGUGUCUUUUCUGUGGGAUUGUGAAUUAUAUUUCCACUUUGCCGAAGGCACUAUGUAAUGGCGCAGGGUUGGCACAUUGGGCAGCAUCUUUGUUGACGCGUUAAGGGACUCUAAUUUAUGUGACUUGUCUGAUCUCCAUUGGUCACUGCAAGCAGUUGAGAGGAGAGAUCAUCUAUCGAUGAUCGCUGUCCCAAGAAUAUGCGUUUUUAACUGUUAGUUAUGUCUGUUUUUAACCUCACCCUGAUUACCCUUGUACCAGGGAGGAAUUCUCUAUCGUGCCAUACUAUACGAAUAAUCUAGCCAGUUGAAGGAAAUCUCGGGCUCUCAUCUGUAACUUGAAUGAUCAGCUGCUAAACUGCUUGCAAGUGCAAGUUCUUUUUUCUAGUGAAAACUAGGGAUCAGCUUUGUGUAAACUCUCAGGUUGUCGUGUGCGAAACCAGAAGAACUGGCUCGGCUUCUUAGACUGCUGACUGCUACUUUCAUGGCCAUACUCUCGGAAAUCGACCUGGAACAUUUGUGCUCAGAGAAUACGUACAGAAAUUCCUUGGACCUGCUGUGUAAAAGCUCUACUUGCUUGAGGUCGCAAAACCUGUAUAGCGGUUAAUGUAGCUUAUCAAGUUUCUUUGAUUUA